CGACGCACACAUGCCGCGCUAGGUGAUGACGAGCUUGCCUCAGAGGGGUGCAGCACCGCCGUCCGAUUCGCCAUCGCUCUCACCCUCGUCGCACUCCGGAGACGCCGCCGCGGCCUCCUCCUCCUCUCCCGCCCCGGAGCAGAACAGCGGCCCGAAGCAGUGCAAGGCCUCCCUCCUCUCCAGCGUCCUCGCCGUCUUCGACCCGGACCAGGGCUCCUCCUCCUCGCCGUCAUCCGCCUCGUCGUCUGCCGGGAGCAGGCUGCCGGCCCACGCCUCCGUGUCCCAUGCUUGGUCCAGGGUUCUGAGGAGGAUCGUGGGCGACGGAUCCAUGUGGCGUCUCCUCGGCUGCGCCAGGGCACUCACCGAUGCAGAUGUGUGGUUCCUCGGGAAAUGCUACAAGCUGUCGUCGCCGCCUGAGGAGCCGUCGGGUGACUCCGACUCCGAGCACGCCAUGUUCCUGGAGGACUUCUCGUCGAGGAUAUGGAUCACCUACCGGAAAGGUUUUGAUGCCAUAUCCGAUCCCAAGUCCAAGCUCACGACCGAUGUCAACUGGGGCUGCAUGGUCAGAAGCAGCCAGAUGCUGGUUGCGCAGGCACUGAUUUUUCACCAUCUUGGGAGGUCCUGGAGAAAGCCUUCACAGAAUCCAUGUAACCCAGAAUAUAUAAGGAUCCUGCACCUGUUCGGCGACUCUGAGGCUUGUGCUUUCUCCAUUCACAAUUUACUUGAAGCUGGUAAAAGUUACGGUCUGGCUGCUGGAUCGUGGGUGGGCCCAUAUGCUAUGUGCCGGGCAUGGCAAACCCUUGUCCGCACAAGCAGAGAGCGGCCUGAAGCUGUAGAUAGGAAUGAAAAUUUCCCUAUGGCGCUCUAUGUGGUUUCGGGCGAUGAAGACGGUGAAAGAGGUGGAGCUCCAGUUGUUUGCAUUGAUGCUGCGGCUCAGCUUUGCUACGAUUUCAACAAAGAUCAAUCAACGUGGUCACCUAUUCUUUUGUUGGUUCCUCUGGUUCUUGGCCUUGACAAGAUUAAUCCAAGGUACAUCCCGCUACUAAAGGAGACAUUCACAUUUCCUCAAAGCUUGGGCAUCUUAGGUGGAAAACCUGGAGCAUCAACUUACAUUGCUGGGGUACAGGAUGACAGGGCACUCUACCUAGAUCCCCAUGAAACUCAGCUGGCAGUUAACAUAGCAUCUGAUAACCUGGAGGCAGACACCUCCUCAUACCACUGCAGUACCAUCCGAGAUAUGGCUCUAGACCUGCUAGAUCCAUCCCUGGCUAUUGGCUUUUACUGCCACGACAAAGAUGACUUCGACGAUUUCUGUUCUCGAGCUUCUGAGCUGGCGGAAAAGGCGAAUGGGGCGCCGCUCUUCACCGUCGUGCAGUCAGUUCAACCUUUAAAACAAAUGUAUGACCAACAUGACGGAUCAGGCUGUUCAGGGGGAGCCAUGGCUGACAACAUCGACGUGGAGGACCUCGAUGGCUCUGGCGAAACAGGAGAAGACGAGUGGCAGAUUCUCUAGAUGAAAGGGAAAUUUAACCUCAUGUUCAGUUAAACCUUCACAUCUCGCACCACACAUCGGGUUGAUUUCCCUUUGUGUGAAGACUUCGAAAACCUCUUGUGAAUCUCUAGGGUUUGCAAUUCUGUGGAACACGUUGGUGCAUGGUGCCCUGCAACUUGUCCCAUAGAGCUGGGGAACCAGAAAGGUAGGAGCUGUUACACUGAUCAGUACAUGUUCAUCCUGUGGGAAAUCCCUCUGUAUCAUACAAGCUAUUGUUGGUGACUAUAAAAUGUAUAUUGAUUUAUGCUAUAGCAAACUGGCAGAUUAGCUUGGUACCCAUCCUGAAAACACAUGCAAUUUGGAAAUAUACCAUCUUGUGCUU